AAAAAUAUAUAUAAUAAUAAUUAUAAUUCACAAAACAAUAUGAAAUUUUUAUAGAAGAAAGUGAACAUUGCGAUAUAAAUGGACUUAUAUGUUUAAAUACACAUGAAACAGAAUUAUUAGUAUUAAAAAAAAAGUUAAGUAAGCUUCCAGGUUUAGAAUGUCAAUGUGUACCUUCUUGUAUUGAAGCUGAAAUAAAUGUCAUAACAGUUGAAUCAUUUGUGUAAGUUUGAUUAAAAAUUUAAAAAAAAAAAAAUAAAAAAUAAAUAAAUACUAAAUUAUUUCAUUUUAUAGAACUAAUGAAAAUGAAUCGAUUAUACAAUUAAUGAUGGACCGAUUACCAGCAGAGCGACUUAAACGCAAUGUCGUUAGAGGAAGAUUAGACGUCUUAGUUUCAUUGGGAGGUUCUGUUGCAUUAUUUGUUGGAGCAAGCAUUUUAAGCUUUUUAGAAAUUAUUUAUUAUUUCAUUAUACGUAUGCGCAAUGUUAAAAUUCCAAAAUUAGAAAGACCCAAGAUGUCAAAAAGUGAAUUCAAGAUGAAAUAAUAAAUUAGUAAAA